GCUACACCAAUUUCCUAUGACUCCUCUGGAUUUGCAUUAGCCCUUGGCCCUUCUUUCUUCUUCCAUUUAUCUCUAAAACCACAAUUUCUGAAGUUUUAAGUUGUGGUCUAUUUACAGAAACAACUUAGCAACACUUUGUGGUUCUUUUCUUCCUACAUUGGCAUAUACACACACAGAGUGAAAACAUUAACAUACUAGAGCCCCUCAUGGAUCUCAUUCGUGCGUUUUAUACUAUAUGCAUUGCCUUGAUACUUUUGAACCAUGUGGAGGGAAGAUACCACCAUCACAGCAAGCAGAAGAAAGUUUCCUCAGCUCCUAAUGCUCCUGCUGAUCCUUCCACUGAGCCAGAGAACCCUUCAGUUCCACCACCUUCAGAUUCUCCAAGUGUUCCUUCGGACCCUUAUCCAAAUGAUAACCAAACUUCCACUUCUGAAUGUGUUUUUGAUGUGAGAUCCUUUGGGGCAGUUGGAGAUGGUUGUGCUGAUGACACACCUGCAUUCAGAGCAGCAUGGAAAGCAGCUUGUGCCGUAGAGUCUGGGAUUCUUCUUGCUCCAGAAAACUAUAGCUUCAAAAUCACUUCAACUAUUUUUUCAGGUCCAUGCAAGCCAGGCUUGGUAUUCCAGGUGGAUGGUACACUAAUGGCACCAGAUGGACCAGAUUCGUGGCCAGAAGCAGAUAGCCACAGUCAAUGGCUAGUAUUUUAUCGACUUGACCAAAUGACUCUUAAUGGUACAGGAAUCAUAGAAGGGAAUGGAGACAAGUGGUGGGAUCUCCCUUGCAAACCACACAGGGGUCCCGAUGGAAAAACUAUGUCAGGACCAUGUGGUAGUCCUACUAUGAUACGGUUCUUUAUGAGCUCCAAUUUGAAGGUGAAUGGGCUGAAAAUUCAAAACAGUCCUGAGUUUCACAUGAAAUUCGAUGGCUGCCAAGGAGUAUUGAUCGAUAAGCUCUCCAUUUCUUCACCAAAACUCAGCCCCAACACCGAUGGAAUCCAUAUUGGGAACUCCAAAUAUGUUGGCAUAUAUAACUCCAAGAUAAGCAAUGGUGACGAUUGCAUUUCAAUUGGACCCGGGUCCUCAAAUGUGGACAUAGCAGGUUUAACUUGUGGUCCUAGCCAUGGGAUUAGCAUUGGAAGCCUUGGAGUGCACAAUUCCCAGGCAUGUGUGUCAAACCUAACAGUCCGUGACAGCAUCAUUAGGGAAUCUGACAACGGACUGAGAAUCAAGACAUGGCAAGGUGGAAUGGGAUCUGUGUCAAGUUUAAGAUUUGAGAACAUCCAAAUGGAGAACGUUGGGAAUUGCAUCAUCAUAGACCAAUACUACUGUUUGUCAAAGGAAUGUCUAAACCAGACUUCAGCUGUGCAUGUGAAUGAUGUGUCCUACAGCAACAUUAAGGGCACUUAUGAUGUGAGAACCGCUCCAAUUCACUUUGCCUGCAGUGACAGUGUUGCCUGCACAAACAUAACCCUCUCUGAGGUUGAGCUUUUGCCAUUCGAAGGAGCAUUGCUUGAUGACCCUUUUUGCUGGAAUGCUUAUGGGACACAACAGACCUUGACUAUACCUCCAAUUAACUGCUUAAGAGAAGGUGACCCUGAGACAGUGGGAGAUCUUUCUGAUUAUCAAUGCAGUUAAACAUGUUACUUUAAAUUUGAUGGCUUAGAUAUAGAACAUAAAUAUAUAUUAUCAUAUACUAUACUUAGAGUCUAGAUAUCCAUUAUUAUGUGUUGAUGAUUGUUGUCCUCUAUGUAUCUUUUAGGAUUCGUCCCUAUUUGGGUGUAUUAUUAUUCCCAUAUUGUGCGAUGAGAUGCAGAAUUUGGUCCCCUUUUUUGGAACUACACUGUAAUAGCUCGAUUGAACUUUUAUAUGUUGUAUGGCUAAAAUAAUAUACCAUUUUUGUUGCUUAACAAC